AAUUUAGUAUAGGAAUUAUCAAAACAUAAAUAGUUAAAAUUAAAAAAAUGCAAUUUAUUACAUUAUAUACCGUUUGGCUAUUCUAUGUACAAUAGAUAGUUUCGAUGGCUGUUGGCUGUUUUCUUGUUAAUGAAUUAUGGCAUGGUGUGUGUAUUUAGCACUAGUAGAUAUGGCCUGUUGCUAUAGUUUGUGGAAAUAGUUGCUCAGCUAAAUGGCUGAGUCAUCAGUUUGUUGCUGCCGAAGUUUGUGUAUGUGUUAACCAAGAGAUUGGUGGUUAGUGGCUGGUUCUAUUCGAACGUUUAUUUUGUGGAGUUGCUGUUAUGGUUUACAUACCAUUAUAUGCCAUUGUGGCAGUAGCGCUAAGCGGCAGCGUUGUGAACGCUGGAUAACAGAAAAGAGCUAUUGAAGUUGCUGACACAAAUUUGUAUUUCGCUUUGUUGAAACUUUUACGCUUUUCUAGUAAUAUUUUCGUUAUUUUCUAUCUGCUAUAAUGUUGGCUUUUAUUGCAAUAUGUGGUUACGCAGUUACAUUUUAGCCGUACACGCCAACGGACGAAAACGAACAAAUUAAUAUGAUUUUUAAAAGUGAAUUGAGUAUAUAGAUAUUCGUGACCUAAGUUUGAUGUUAAACAAGCGCAAUAUUAACUACGAUAUAUCAUAGCUAAAAAGAAAGUGUAGCAGUUGAAAUUCAGUUUUGUGAUUUACUUUGGUAUCCAUGCACAGCAAUAGUAAUUUCGUAAAGCUAUUGCUAAAUAAAAACAAUGACAACAUAUACAUAUUCGAAUAUAUUGUAGUAUAUAAAAAUGUUGCCACAUGCCAAGAUUGUUUUCAAUUAAAAAUGUUUCUUUGUGCAUAAUUGAAAUGUGAUACUACCAAGAAAUAACGAUCACUGAGAAAAGAGAAAGUGUGUUUGUGUUCUGUAUCUUUUUCUGCACCUCUCAGCUCAGUGCUUAUAAAUUUAUAUGUACACAGCGUAUACACCUACUUAUUACUUAUUAAAUCAAUUUCACUCUGCCUUAGUCGCAUGAGCUUGCCCGUGUUAUUCUUGCCGAAAACAUGACAGACUCCGAACCGGUCAGUUUGGAAUUCAUCGAAGAUCCAUAUCUGCCCAAAUUGGAUAAUAUCACAACUCCAUCAUUAGAUGAGCCUUCCGAAUUGGAUGAUCAAUUGACCGAGUUGGCCGAUUGGACAAACGAGACUGAUCAGUAUUUAAGGGACUUAACGUUAGAUCAAAUUUUUUACGAUGUAGAUUCAGAUUACACAAACACACUUGAACUUCAGGCUGUUGAAACGGAAUUUAUAGCAACGAAACUAGCCAAUCAAUUGCCCUCAACGUCAAUCGCAAAACGCUUCCGAUUACGAUUCUUUACGAAACGUACAAUGCGUGAGGUUAAAGUGACGUUCAUUGAUUUCUCUAAACCAUAUUUAGCCAAAAUAUCGAGUAGUGAGAAUUAUAAGAAAUUCCUUAAUAUUGGCCCAUCAUCAACUUCCACAAUUACCAAAGAUAAUACUUCAAAGCUGUCGGAACCAGCAUCACCAGUAGCAUCUGUUGCGUCUGCAGAUAUAGCCGCCGAGUUUGCUGCACUCACCGCAGAGGAGCAAGAACAGCAACGGGCGGAAUGGAGUCAGGAACUUGCACGUGUGGAGGAGGAAAUAAAUACGUUACGUACAGUGCUGGCAUCGAAAACGCGCCAUGCCUCAGAUUUGAAACGUAAAUUGGGGAUUACCAUGUGGAAAGAGAUAACGGACGAUAUGAAUCAAGGCUUGAAGAAUGUAAAAGAAAGUUCAGUUUUUCAACGUACCGAAUCGGUGCUCAAGUCGACAGGGGAGAAGACCGCUUCAGUAUUUGGGAGUAUUACUAGCGGCAUAACAUCGAAAUUCUCACAAAUGAAAAACUCGGAAUCGAUGCGUUCGAUCGAAGAGAAGGUGGGCUCAGCCUAUGAGAAUGUUAAAGUAAGCUAUGAACACAACAAUUUUUUGUGCCAACCCCAUGCGACACGAGUAUCCACUUCGCGUUCGGGUUCAAUUAACAGUUUCCCUGAUGCCUUAAAUGAAAAUAAUUCAUCGUCCGGCUUGAAUUCGCCAACAGAUUCAAUAACAAAAUAAGCGUGAAAUUAUAUUGCGUUGAGGUUUUUUGUUUUCUUCAAUUUAUUAGCUUUUAAUUUGAAAAUAAAAACACACACCCAUAUAUAUACAUUUAUAUAUUAUAUAUACCAAUUAACAUAAAUUAGCCGGUGGAAUAUUUUUAUUCUUGUAGUAUUCUUGAGUGAGUUGCAAAAUUUUCGGCAAUAAUGUUAACACCAAUAAAACAUAAUCAGCCAACCAGGAAAUCUUGUUUACAUACAUACAUAUAUGACAUUUAAAAUAUUUGAAUUCUAAAGGGAUACAGAUAAAUAAAAAUUUAGCUAUGAAGCUACUUUUCAAUGAUACAAUUUGACUAGAUCUCCUUUAAUUUUUGAUAUCGGAGAAAAAUGCGAUGCUUUAAACUAAAAACUGAACAUUGCAUGCAUAUUUGAUGUGAACUACUAACUGAGCAAUAUAUAUUCUCAAUUCUGAUUUUCUUUAGACAUAAGACAAUAUGAUAGAAAUUAUGUUUCUUAUCCAUUAAUUAAGGCACAAUCAUUUAUAUCAUUCUCUUGUUUCCAAUUUGAAAUACUAUGUUUUUCUUUUAGGCUUUAACCCGUGUUAUACAAUGGCGCUUAUAAUUUAUUAUUUUUAAUUUUAAUUUUUUCACAAAAUUAUACUUUGAUUUAAAACCAAUGCUUGUUAGUAACGAUAAGAGAUCUGCCGAAUUAUUAAACAACUCUGAAGUUAUAUGAUAAGGAUGGUUUUAAGUGAGUCGAUCUAAAGCUUUUAUUGAAACGUAUUUCUAAAAAAUUCUGUAUCUGAAUAUUCCAAUUUAAACAUACAUACAAUAAUAUUAAGUGUAUUUUUGCUAAAUAAAUAAGUAAAAACUGUAUUUGAAUGUACAUGUAACAUACAAACUUAUAUACACAGCUAUGCCUACGUACGAUAUUAGUUUGUGUUUUUUUCGCUUAUUCAAUAAAUGGAAAUAUAAAAGAAAUAAUAAUAAAUAGUGAAGUAAAUGUGAAAACCA